CGAUGCAGGAUUCAGUGGUAAUGUCAGCCACUACCAGUCAACAAGGAGCUCACAACAACAGCAGUGAUGGGCAGGCUGGAGGAGAGGGAGGAGUCAAAAAGAACGAGGGUGCUCAAGAUCAACUCAUACCACCCUCAUAUCCUUACUCUCUGAGGUCACCGGUUGCCAAGAAAAAACAGACUGACGAGGUCUCCUCGAAGACUAGCAGGAAAAGGACAGGAUCGGCGACCAGCAGCAUCGAUAGUGCUGCCGCUACUAUAGGCUCUGCUGAGCAAGAAUGCAUAAGUAUGGAAGUUGCUUCCGCUGGUGAUUUGAUCAGCGCUAGGCAAAGGUCUAGGAGCAGGUCGAGGGUCCCCUCAAAUGAUGGAGAUGUGAAGACCCAAGCGGUGAAAUCUGUAGAGAAGGCUCCCAAGAGGCGAAGAUCAGGGAGUAGUAGAAGAGAAGUGAGUGGCGCGCCAGAAGCCCCUGGUGCGGGUCCCCCUAUUGCCGAUGUAUAUUGGGUGCAAUGCAGCAGCCCUACCUGUGAGAAGUGGCGCAUUGUCACUAAGGAGAUAUUCGACAAGUUCAAUGAGAAUCCGGAUCUGCCUGUAUACUGCGCACAGCUCGGUAGUGCAUGCUCGGAGCCAGAUGACGCAGAGAACUAUAAAGCUCCCGAAAAACAGAGAGAGAGUACAGCCGACGAUAUGCAAUCGAUUCCUCCCCAGCCCUCCGCGGUACCUGUUAUUAUCACAACCGCGCCUACAGAUGAGAUUCGAGAGGAGCAAGAAACGGUUGUUAAGACAACUGAGCAGGAAUCCUCAGUGGAUUCGCAACCCGUCGAGCAUCCACUCGUAUGAUCCUCCGAGAGUGAACAUGCAUGCUAGUAUUUUAUGCGUACAUUGAAACGCUCCUCAACCUAUCAUCUCUGCAAAUCUGAAUUCCGUUCUGAGCGGUUUGCAGUUGGUGAGUUCAUAACACCGAUAGUGUAGCCAUUCUCGUAUCGUAUCCAUGCUCAUUAAUAUCAUCGAUUCCGUACAAUA